AUGAUGAUAAUAUUUCUGCGCUAUAUGCCAAGCAGUGGAUGUCAGUGUGAACAAAUACUUACAUAUCUUUCAGGAUAUCCGAAGAGAGAGGUAAUAGGGUUAGAGAGUUUAGUGAGCUCAGGUAAGUGUAUUUUGGAGGGAGAAAAACAUGGACAAAUAAUUGAUAUUUCCCUCUUUCUCUGUGUCCCAGUAUGGUCUAUUGGAGAAGGCGCUCCAGAAGAGACAGAAAAACGUGAUGACUCCCAAAGAUCCACUUUAUUCAUUGAAAAACCUCAGAGUGGUACAGUGAGUGUUGGUGGGAAUAUUACAUUUAUAGCCAAAGUAGAAGCCAAAGAUCUUCUCCGAAAGCCAAAUGUUAAGUGGUUUAAAGGAAAAUGGAUGGACCUGGCCAGCAAAGCAGGGAAGCACUUGCAGCUGAAGGAGUCAUUUGAGCGUCACACAAAGAUCCACACAUUUGAGAUGCAUAUCAUUCAAGCUAAGGAGAAUUAUGCAGGGAACUAUCGCUGUGAGGUAUCUUAUAAGGACAAGUUUGACAGUUGCUCUUUUGACCUUGAAGUCACUGAAUCCUCUCAAGCUGCUCCAUCCAUUGACAUCAGAUCUGCUUUCAAAAGAAGCGGUGAUGGACAAGACGAUGCAGGAGAACUUGACUUUAGUGGUCUCCUGAAACGUAGGGAGAUUAAACAGGAAGAAGAACAACCUGAGGUAGAUGUGUGGGAGCUCCUGAAGAAUGCCAAACCCAGUGAAUACGAGAAGAUUGCUUUUCAGUAUGGUAUCACUGACCUGAGAGGCAUGUUAAAACGUCUGAAGCGCAUGCGCAGGGAGGUGAAGAAGAGUGCAGCAUUUGCCAAAGUACUUGACCCUGCAUAUCAGGUGGAUAAAGGAGGCAAAGUUAGGUUCAUGGUGGAGCUAGCAGAUCCAACAGUGGAACUCAAAUGGUAUAAAAAUGGCCAAGAAAUUCGACCAAGUGCAAAAUACAUUUUUGAGCACAAAGGUAACCAGCGAAUUUUAUUCAUCAAUAACUGUACGAUGACAGAUGAUGCUCGCUAUUACGUAACAGCUGGUGAUGAGAAAUGCUCCACAGAACUGUUUGUGAGAGAUCCUCCAAUUUUGGUGACCAAAGGCCUGGAGGAUACCAAUGCCUAUGUUGGUGAACGCGUAGAACUGAGUUGUGAAGUGUCUGAGGAUGAUGCAAAUGUUAAAUGGUUUAAGAAUGGUGUAGAACUUACCAACGAUCCUAAAUCUCGAUAUCGAAUCAAGGUUGAGGGUAAAAAACACACUUUGAUUAUAGAGGAGGCUGCAAAAAAUGACAACGCAACUUACUCAGUAAUGACAACAGGAGGACAAUCAGAAGCUAAACUUUCUGUUGGUUUGAGACCAUUGAAGAUAUCACUUGCACUAGAAGACCAGACUGUGAGGCUUGGACAGGAAAUCCACCUGAAAUGUGAGAUAUCUGAGAAUGUGGAAGGGAAAUGGUACAAAAAUGGACAACUGAUUGAAGCUAGUGACCGUGUGAAGAUUUAUCACAAAGGAAGAAUCCACAGAUUUAUUAUAGCAAGUGCUGCUGUUGAUGAUGAGGCUGAAUACAUGUUUGUACCAGAUGCUUACAAUAUUAAUAUUCCAUGCAAAGUGCAUGUUGUGGAUCCUCCUAAACUUCACCUUGAUGGUCUUGGGGAAAACAAUACCGUGACAGUAGUGGCAGGAACCAAACUACGACUUGAGAUCCCUAUCACUGGCGAGCCAACACCAAAAGUCAUGUGGAGUAGAGGGGAUAAGUGGAUCACAGACAGUGGAAGAAUAAGGGCAGAAACAUACCCAGACAGCAGCUGCCUGGUCAUUGACACAGCUGAGAGAGAAGAUUCAGGUCCUUUCAGAAUAACAUUAAAGAAUGAAGCUGGGGAGGACUCAGCCCUUAUCAACAUUAAGGUGGUUGAUGUGCCUGAUCCUCCUCAGGCACCAAAUGUGACAGAGGUGGGUGAAGACUGGUGUAUUAUGACAUGGGAACCUCCAGCAAAUGAUGGUGGAUCACCCAUCUUAGGAUAUUUCAUUGAAAGGAAAAAGAAACAAAGCUCACGAUGGAUGAGGCUGAAUUUUGAACUGUGUAAGGAAACAACUUUUGAGCCGAAGAAGAUGAUUGAAGGCGUUGCUUAUGAGGUCCGUGUAUUUGCUGUUAAUGCAAUAGGCACUUCCAAGCCAAGUAUGCCUUCGAAGUCUUUUAUUCCUUUAGCUGUUACCAGUCCACCAACUCUCCUGGCAGUGGAUUCAGUAACUGAUACCACAGUUACAAUGAAAUGGAGGCCGCCAGACCACAUUGGAGCAGCAGGUUUAGAUGGCUAUGUUGUAGAGUACUGCUUUGAAGGAACUGGAUUCUCACAAGGUAUAUCGACAGAUCAGUCUGAGGAAUUGAUGGAGCCACCUUUCAACCCGGAAGAACCUGAAAGAAGCAGCUUGAAGGAGAACUUAAUUCCUAAAACUGAUGAGUGGAUCGUCGCUAACCCAGAACUGACAGACAAAACAAAGUUUACAAUCACUGGUCUGCCAACUGGCUCAAAGAUCCUUGUGAGAGUAAAAGCGGUGAAUGCUGCAGGUGAAAGUGAACCUAGGUACCACCCACAGCCUAUCUUAGUCAAGGAAGUGAUAGAACCUCCAAAGAUUCGCCUACCAAGACACUUAAAACAAACCUAUACUAGAAGAGUUGGAGAAACUGUAAAUCUUGUUAUUCCUUUCCAGGGAAGACCAAGGGCAAAAGUAUCAUGGCAGAAAAAUGGUUCUCCAAUAGACAAGAACCAAAUCAACAUCCGCAACACUGAGAACGACACCAUCAUUUUUAUCCGAAAGGCAGAAAGGAGCCACUCUGGAGAAUAUGACAUGAAAGUGGAAGUAGAGAAUUUGGUGGAUAAAGCUACGAUAGAUAUUCAAAUUGUUGAUCGCCCAGGCCCACCAGAGGUUGUAACUAUUGAGGACGUCUGGGGAGAGAAUGUGAAUUUAUCAUGGAAGCCACCAAAAGAUGAUGGCAAUGCUGCCAUUACUGGAUACACUAUUCAAAAAGCAGAUAAGAAAAGUAUGGAAUGGUUCACAGUAAUCGAGCACUACCACCGCACCAGUGCCACCAUUAAUGAGCUCGUCAUAGGAAACGAAUACUACUUCCGAGUCUUCGCUGAAAACAUGUGCGGCCUCAGCGAAGAUGCAACAAUGACCAAAGAGAGUGCUUUGAUUGCAAAAGAUGGUAAAGUCUACAAAUACCCAGUUUACGACGACUUUGACUUCAGUGAACGACCACUGUUUACUCAGCCUCUAAUUAACACGUUUGCUGUAGCUGGUUACAAUGCUACUUUGAACUGCAGCGUUCGGGGCAACCCCAAGCCCAAAAUAACCUGGCUGAAGAACAAAGUCGCUAUAGUGAAUGACCCAAGGUACCGAAUGUUUGGCAACCAAGGUGUCUGUACCCUGGAGAUCCGCAAACCCAGUCCAUACGAUGGAGGCACUUACACUUGCAGAGCAGUCAAUGCACUUGGAGAGGCAGAAGUUGAUUGCAAACUGGAAGUAAAAGGUGGGCUUUCGUUCUUCAAACUAUUAAUGGAUGGAGUGCCUCCGCAUAUCAUUGAUUCAUAUAUGCGCGAAGUACAGGCAGACAAAACUGAGGGGAAGUGAGAGUCCGACCACAGUGCUUCCUGCCACCACACUGGAAAUGGGUAGCCAGAGUUACAGCAUCUUAGUCCUUGCAACAGCAGAACAAACGUGUGGCUGGAGAUUUUCUUUUUUUCCUUUUUUUUUUUUUUCCUUUCUCAUUUGUCGCUCUGUUUUCCCUGCCUGCUCUUACUGAAAAGAAAGAAUACGCAUGGAUUGCUUUGGGGUUGAAAUGAAAUGAACUGAAGACAACACGCUCUUUGUAAUGUUCAGCUUUAUUUUCUGUUUGAUAUUUGUGUUUUGAUUUUUUUAACGAGGAAAGAGGAGAAGUUGUGUACGAGGAGGCAGUCAGAGUUUGUGCUCGGUGGUGCAACGCAAACCUUUCGCAGACUGAAGGUACAAGGAUUUGUCAGUGGAUGUGCAAUAAGACCUUUGGAAUACAUACCUCUUUGAUAAUGUAUCUUAUCCACCUGAGAAUUGUUUAACAGAAUAUGGUUUUACUAUAACGUAAUUAAUUCAUGCGUACUUAAUGAUCACUUAAUCUGAACAUAUCUUCCUUUAGAAGUUUUGAUCUCCUAAAUCCAACUCAUCAGUCUCUCAACUGAACUGAAUUUGUUUUAUUUAAUGUACAAUAAAUAUGAAGUGUUUAAGAUCUAACAAGAUGUUGCUUACUAUUUUUUUUGGUGUUUUUUUUUUCUCAUCUCACCAUAUUUCUUAUUUAAUUUAUGCAUACUGUAGAGCAGGAACUUGAGCCCAUGGCACCAAGCGGGUCAGUCUCCUGAGCCACUGAGCUCCCCCUUUAAAAUACCUAACACUGAGUGUGAAUGAAAGAGAUGCUAUCAGAUACAUGUGGUUUAAUAUCACUUGUGAGGUUACGGUGCAAGACCAAAAUGCCGUAGCUAAGCUACAAUUGCUACAUUAAUUCUCCAGCUCCAGGGUCAUUACUCUCCAAGAGAUGUGGGUACCAGCAGUAUUCCAGAAGUAGGUCUGACCGUCUGUAAGGCUCUGGCAAACUCUGAUGCGUGUGAGAUACAAGGUCACAUGCAAUUGGACCAGCCUGCCAAUUCCCUAUCACCCUCUCAUUUACUGACCUACCUGUUCUCACUCCAGCUGUAGAGAUAAGAUAGGUUGUGUGCUUACUGACUACUGAUCAAUCCUCAACUAUGGUUUGUGAAGACAAGAGUCUACUAAAACCAGUAGUACCACUGUAUACGUUGAUGUCAGCACAUAUCCAAACACCUAGCAGUUAGUAAUUACGCAUGAAUAAAUGAAUUUGUUACUAUGAAUCACCGCUGCUCAACAGGUGGUUUUGCAUUUGAAUUACCACUUCUUUCACUUGGGGAUCAGAAUGCAUUUUCUCUCUUUUUCUUCCUGCAAAUAUUAUUCUCUCUGAGAUCCUUCUUCUUCCUUUUCCCCUUCCUAUCACUCUCCUCUGUCCUCCCUCUGUGCAAGGAAGCAGUUCUCCAUUCCCGAUGAUCCUGGACACCGCCCAAUCUGCAUUUCAACCUGCUCCUCUCAAAACCAUAUCCCUCUUUUCUGUUCACACCUACACAUGAAGGAAGGCAACAAGAGUAUUAGGAAGAAAAUUCCAUAAAAGGUUAUUUAUUUCUCUUCAUUCUGCAUCUCUCUGCAUCUCUCUGUUUUCAUGCCUAAAAGGCUCGGGGAGAGGGUCAGUUUGAAUACAUGCCAUGCAGCUUUAAUCUCAUCCCUCAUUUGAAAUAUCAUGAGUCUAACUGGAUAUAUUACGGUCAGCACCAAAGCCAUACUGACCGUGAGGUUGUGCUUUUCACGAAACAAAGGAAUACGUGCAGAGCCAGUUUCAAGUUUAUUUAUCUGCCUCCUCUGCCUUAAUAUACCACACACAAUAACCUGGCGGCCAUCACAAACCUCAGCUUCCAUGAGGACUCUGCUGAUGGAAUUAACUCCUCUAAUUUGUACCAGACAGCAGCAGUGCUGGUAGACAAGCUGAACUAAGCUACUUUUUACUGUGUGAACACUAACUGUGAUGUUCAGACACCCUUAAUUUCUCAUGAGUUGCAUUGCCUGGCAUCUACCAUUGAGAUGCACCAUGUCAGUAAGAAAUAGUGGGUAUUUGGCCAUAGUUGGAAUUUAGAUAAGUAUUAGUGUGCUACAAGCUCCUACUUUCAUUAGUGAAGCUGACCAGUCAAGCCUCCAGAUUAAGGAUUACUUGAAUAUGAUUUUAAGAGGAAUUAUAGUAUUGAGUGGGAUAGGAAAGGAAAUAGUAAAUACAAAACAGGUUGGAGAACCUUCAAUAGAGGAUAAAUUUUUUAUUUAUGAUGAGUUGCCUGAUGGAAUUCUCCAAGGAUGGUGUUCAACAGAUGAAGUGAAGUGAUAAAAAAGAUUAAUUUUGAAAUCUGCAGUUUAUACUAGCUUAGGAGAAGGGAAUAUAGCAAAAAAUUACAGGCAAAAUGACCAAGAGAGAAUGGAAGCAGCAGGAGAAUAUCAUGCUGUAGAACACAUGGCCCAGUGCUCCCAAGAGGAAAUUUCUCGCAAGUAGGCUCACAUGGAAUUUAUGAGAAAUUAGUGAGCACGAAAGAGACCUAGGAGUAAAGGGCAGCAAAUAAAACCUGGUCAUGUGAUACAGAGUAACAGUGAAAUACAGGAGCUCUGGGAGAAGUGAAACUGGCAAUGAUUUUAUAGCUUAUGGCUGUGUUCCCUGAAGUUUAAUAAUACGUGAAACUAGUUUAGUCUUCAGCUACUCACCUGUUUGCCAUGUGCACUCACUAUCAACUAUUUGGAGUUGAGGUUACAGUUCAGGUCUCCUUCAGCAGCACAGUUUAUAAGGAUUCUCUUUUCCACUCACUUUCAUGAACUUGGUAGGAAUUCCCUGUUUUUGAAAACUCUCCUGUGGUGUUCAGCUUGAUUGAAAUAGGACAAAGAAAGUUCCUAUUUGGAAUAAGAAGGCUGACCUAUAUGUGUGCAUACACACAUACAUACACAAAGGAAGAGGAAUCGAAGUUAAUAAAAAGAUAUGGUGUUUAUUUUUUAAAAAGCCAGAAGAAAAUAUUUUGGCCUGAUGGCUUCUUUUGGCUUGUACUCCUUGGAAAGGCACUUGAAUGUUCCUGUUACACAAAUAAGUAUCUUCUCUUAAACAGCUAUUUGUAGAGCUUGAUAUAUGUAUUGUAAACUCCCGUUUGCAUGGAAAGCUCAUAGCCAGUUUUUCUCACUGAAAAUAACACCACAAAUAAAGAAAGCGGGAGAAAAACGGUGCUUGAAUCAAGAUAUCACAGAAUCACAGAAUUGUAAGGGUUGGAAGGGAACUCUAGACAUCACGAAGUCCAACCCCCGGCUAAAGCAUAUUCCCUAGAGUAUGAUCCACAGGAAAGUGUUCAGGCGGAUUUCAAAUAUCUCCAGAGAAGGAGAUCCCACCACCUCUCCGGGCGGCCCGUUCCAAUGCUCUGUCACCUUCACAGUAAAAAAAGUUCUUACUUGUGUUUGUAUGGAACAUGCUGUGUUGCAGUUUGUACCCGCUACCCCUUGUACUAUUGCUGUACGUCACCAAAAAGAGUCUGCCCCCAUUGACGUGACUUCCACACUGUAAAUGUUUAUAAGCUUUGAUAAGAUCCCCCCUCAGCCUUCCCUUCUCCAGGCUGAACAGUCCCAGGGCUCUCAGCCUUUCCUCAUAAAGGAGAUGCUCAAGGACCCUGAUCAUCUCAGUGGCCUGCCACUGGGCUCUCUAAAAGUUCCCUGUUUUUCUUGAACUGAGGGGCCCAGUACUCUAGAUGUAGCCUCAGCAGGGCAGAGUUCAUAAGGAGGUCCAGACUGAGAGUCAGAAUAUUCGUUUAAAAUAUCCCUUUAUAAGAAAGCGCAUCUAUAAGUUUCCUGUACUUUGUUUAUAGGGAAAAACGUAGUGUAGCUAACUCUUACAGGCAUUGAAAAGGACACUUACUUGAUGAAUGCCUUUUGUUGUGUUUUGAGAUUCUGGAGCAAAAGGCAUUCUAUUUUAAGCACAGAAUACUUACGGUCACCAGGUUCACAGCUUGCUUUCCUGACUGACAAAUAAAGCUGCUGCUUUGCUGAAGCAGACAGCAGAAAGUAAAAGCGUAACCUGAAUACUGAGGAAGUUCUGGAAACCUGAACACACCUGACUCUGAUUUCUGUCUUCUCUUGUUCUAUGUCUUGUUGCUGAACACUUUUCAAAAUAUACUUAAUCAAAGAAGCAAAUGAAAAACAGAUAAACAAACAUGCAAAGCCCUUUUUCAGGUUCAAUAAUAAAUU